GUGGAGGUGGGGAGGGUAACCUCGAUGGAGGAGAUGAAUUGGACUAUGUGGAGAGUGAUGCCCCUCUCCUCUCGCAAUUCCACGAGGAUGCCAUACAGCAGGCUGGCACAGGGGCCUUCCAGUGGCUUCUUCUCAUGAUCACAGGCCUCGGUCUCGCUGCUGAUACUAUCGAGCUCUUCGUAGUAGCGUAUGUGAUCCCGUCAGCUGAGGUGGAGCUUUGUAUGUCCGGGACUGACAAAGGCUGGCUCGCCGCCAUCACGUUCAUUGGCAUGAUGAUCGGGGCAAUGAUUUGGGGCAGCUUGAGCGACAACGUGGGGCGUCGGCGAGCUCUACUGUCGGCGCUGUUUGUGAAUGCCUUGUUUGGGGUCAUGACAGCUUUCAUGCCCACCUACGGGAUCUUCAUGACGACCAGACUCUGUUCUGGCAUUGGAAUUGGUGGCGGGAUUCCAAUUGUGUUUGCCUAUUACUGUGAGUUUGUGACCCGGGCUGAGAGGGGGCGCCAUCUGUCGUGGCUGCUGGUGUUCUGGGCGGUGGGCGGCGUGUUCACGGCGUUGAUGGCGUGGGCGAUAAUUCCUAGGACUGGUAUCACCGUAGUUCUGGACGAGCAACACCACUUCAGCUCGUGGCGCGUUUUCCUCGUGGUGUGUUCCCUCCCUUCCUUCGCCGCUGUCAUCGGCCUCUACUUCAUGCCCGAGUCACCGCGGUUCUUGCUCGAAAAGGGUCGUGACGUUGAAGCCAUCAUGGUAUAUAAGAAAAUCUUCAAGUGGAACAACGCACAAAACCCAGGAGCCGAAUACCAGCUCACAGAAUUGGAACUGCCGUCAGGAACCCAUCGUUCCCUGCGACACACACCUCCUCAGGGCGUCGGCAAGAAUUUCUUUUCCGACCUGUCAUAUGGACUCGAUCAGUUUUGGGGCCUCUUCUUCCAGCUAUUUAUUCCCCCGUACCUCAAGUCAACAGUUCUGCUCCUUGUAGUGUGGUUCACCUGUGCUUUUGGGUUCUAUGGUCUGUCAGUCUGGUUCCCUGAAUACAUAAAACUUCUGCAAAGUGAAGAAUAUAACAAACAUGCUCAGACUACAGAUGGAAAAGCAUUCAUGGAUGAGAGAUUAGACAACAGCCUCUUUGACAACCGCGUCUUCAACGAUGUCAUCUUCAACAACGUCACUUUCAAGGAUGUUGUCAUGAAUCAUGUGAUUUUCCUGAACUGCACUUUCAUGGACUGUCUCUUCUCGAAUGUGCGGAGUAGCAAGACCUUCUUCAAAUACUCAGUGAUCGAAGACUGUCUCUUCAUCGACACCGACCUCUAUGACUACCGAUUCAUAGACUGUGACAUAAAAAACAACAUAUUUCGUGCCGACGUGCCCGGAUGUAAGCUCGACUUCGACUACAACAUCCACUACAAAGAAGUUUUUCAAGAGAACCUGAUCGGCCAACUGACCAUCAUUCCCGGCACUCUCAUCACCUCCCUCCUCAUGGAUAGGAUCGGCCGGGUCAAGAUCAUGAGUGUGUCCAUGUUUUUAUCUUCAAUAUCAGCUUUCUUCAUAUGGUUUUUAAAUAGCAAGAUUGGCGUGAUUGUCUUCGAAGCCGUGUUCAAUUUCAUUUUCAUAUCUGGGUGGAAUGCCUUAGACAUAGCAUCUACCGAAGCCUUUCCAACUCAUAUCAGGACAACAGCAUAUGGGUUCCUAAGUGCUACGUCAAGGAUAGCAGGCGUUUUAGGGUCACUGUGCUUUGGUCAGUUCAUCUACACAAGCCGGGCGAUUCCUAUGUUAACCACUUCAGUAGUCCUUCUGCUGGGGAGCAUUGUGUCUCUCAAGCUGCCGGAGACUAGAGAUAACCUCUUGUAGGUUGAAAUGUAUUUUAAAAGAACUAUUUUUUUGUUAAAUGUUAAAAUGCAGGAAAUGAGAAUGAUGUGAGAGAUGGUUAUUGUGAUAAGGAAAUUAUUUUUAAAGAUUUAUUUUUUUCUUCUUCCUAGUCAAGAUUUUUUUUUUUUUUUUUUUUUUUUAUAGUAACUUUUUACUUUCUCUGUCCACAGUGAAUAAUUUGUGAAAAGUGAACUUUGGUAAUGAUACUGUUAUAACUGGAGUUCUGUAAUACAGCUUUUGCACCGUGAACAUAUUACCACCAUUCAUAACUUUCUUUACA